CAUUUGAAGCUCAGUGUCCGUGAUAGUAAAAAUGGCUAGUGGCUGGGUAAGUAAAAUACUUAGUUUUUAGUGUCCUAGAAAGACGUCAUCAUGUAAUUCAGAUAGUUAUUGAUUUUUAAAUAUUUUUCUCUUUAUUUUAAAUAUUUUGAAGUUUUAGGAAAUAGUAAAUUUCUUAUUUUUCGAACAAAGUUUACUCGAUGAUUAAUUUUAGGGAACUGGUUCGGGAUGGAGCAAUCAGGCGCCUAUGAAUCAAGGCUAUCAACAACAACAAUACGCAUCUGCACCUCCCGUUGGUGGAGGAUACCAAAAUCCAGGACAAUACCAGAAUAAUCCAGGACAAUUUCAGAAUAAUCCGGGACAAUUUCAGAAUAAUACGGGACAGUAUCAGAACAACCAAGGUUAUAAUCAGUCGCAUAAUCAAUAUCCUGGUGGUCAAGGAGUCACCCAAAAUAUUAGAGAAUGGUUUACGGCCAUUGAUCAAUCUGGUAAUGGAAGGGUGUCUGCCCUUGAAUUACAGGCAGCAUUAACAAAUAGCGAUUGGAGUCGAUUCAGUAUGGAAACAUGUAUAUUAAUGAUAAAAUUGUUUGAUAGGAGUAAUGAUCAGAAAAUUGAUAUAAAUGAAUUUCAAGCUUUAUGGAAUUAUAUUCAAGAAUGGAAAAGAAUAUUUGAAUCAUUUGAUAGAGAUAGAUCAGGUACAAUUGAUGUUAACGAAUUGACUAGUGCGUUUAAUCAAAUGGGCUUUCGUCUAAGUCCCAACUUUUCCCAAGUCGUCGUAAAAAGGUACGAUACGACUGGCAGAGGCUGUAUUACAUUUGACGCUUUUAUUCACGCUUGCGUUCUUGUCAAGAAUUCCACCGAUUCAUUCGCAAAAAAAGAUUUACAGAGAAAGGGAGAAGCAACUUUCAAUUUUGAAGAAUUCCUUACAAUCUACUUGAAUACAGUGAAAUAAUAUGCACAGACACACAUUUACACUUAAAUACAUUAAUAUAUACUGUAUAUAUAUAUAUACUGUAUAAUAUAUACUAAUAUAUUACAUAAUAAAUAAAUAAU